CGUUGGUUGGGUCGCCGUUGGCUGACCAAGUGUUGAACCAAACAAACCUGUCGAUGGUUGUGUCGUUGUACCGGCGGCAGUCUGUCCGAACCCACCACCAAAGAGUCCCCCGCCAGCAGGAGCAGCAGGCGCGGCGGGCUUCGCACCGAACAGACCUCCACCACCAAAUGCGCCAGUCUGUGCCGGCUGUUGCUGAGCCUGCUGCUGUUGAGCUUGAGCGCCACCAAACAACCCGCCUCCACCGAACAGACCGGUUCCAGCCGGCUGCGCCUGGGCUGGUUGCGCGCCGAACACUAAGAUACAUUAAAUCUGAGCCGGCUGCUGUUGCGGUUGUUGUUGUUGUUGUUGUUGCGGUUGUCCGAACAGACCGCCGCCGCCACCGAACAAGCCACCACUAGGUUGUGUGCCUUGCUGCUGCUGAGGUUGUUGCGGUUGUGCACCAAACGCGCCAAAGCCUGUAGUUGUGGUAGAUGGCUGGGUGCCAAAGAUCGAGGGCUUCGGUUGAGUGCCACCUGUGUUCGAACGUUAGCUUUAGCCGAACAGUCUGAUGCUAAUGAGAAACACACCGAAAGCAC